AUGGCUUCCCCGCCCUCUCCAAAGGUCGUGUUUAAGAACACCACCAAGAUGUCCCUGAAUCAGCGUUUCACCGAGAUGCUGACCAAGCAGCCGGUGCGGGUGACCAUCCAGGCCACCACAGAGCCACAGGAGCUGGAGCCCAUGUCACGGAACCAAAAGCUAGCCCAACAGAUGGAGCAUCGCCCCUCUGUCCAGGCAGCCCUGACUCUCAAGGACAGCUUGAAGCAGCGCCUGGGUAAGAGCAACAUCCGGGCCCGUUUGGGCUGGCCCUACGGGACCCUGGGCAGGAGAGCAACUGGGGGGAGAGGGAGAAGAGGUGACGUCCGUAGAGGUGUUAGGUGGGGAGGAUCCAGCAGCAGCGGAGGGAUGACCAGUGAAGGCCGCAGAGGGCAAGGGGGCUUUGGUGGUCGAGGUCGCAACCGCUGGCAGGCUGCUUCCCAAGCUCCUCUGACCAAAGAACAGCUGGAUAACCAAUUAGAUGCAUACAUGUCAAAAAGCCGGGGCCAUUUGGAUGCUGAGCUUGAUGCUUACAUGGCCCAAACCCCGGAAAAGGCCAAAUAUUAG